GAGUGUACACCAUUCCGACUUCAUACCACGACGACUACAGCGAGGACACCGCCGUGGCGACCGACAUCAUUGAGGCAGUGCAGCCGCCCCAGGGUUGGCAGGGUGGCGGGUUGCCGUUGGCCGGCGGCGCGGUCGCCCCAGCCCCAGUCUCCCGCUUUCGCGCUCUGCCGCUGCUGGCUCGGCUGUGUGGUGCGAUGGCCGCGGGAGUCGCGCGGCGGGGCUUCGCCUUGGCGGCCGAGCCCUUCUCACGGAGCACGGUUGGGCGACCGCUCUCGGUGGGGGCCGGCAUGCCCGUGCAGGCUGGUGGCCUCAGCGAGGGCGGCUUCCUCGAUGUCAGGUACGACGCCCCUGGACCAGUUCUGGGGCACGAGAGGGUCGUGGUCUCCAAGCCGUGCCCGCCGCUCGGUGGCGCGGCGUCGUCCGACGGAGAGGGCCCGGCCGCCCUGGCCGCCUCCCUGCAGCUGGCUUCCCAGCGGGCACCCGGGUGCCCCCAGCGGUCGCGGGCCCACCCGUGCCGGCCGCAGCGGCCGCACCUGCCGGGGCCAGGAGGCCCCCCGCUGGCGGAUGGCGCGGCGCCAGACGGCGGUGGCGUGGCUGGAGCCCCCGUCUACGACUUGCGGGUGCAGGCCCUCGAGGUCGAUUCUCAGAGUGUGCGAUGUCGCGUGUUCAGGGCUGCCGUCACCAUUCCCACGGUCACGCCGUCUGCGGAUUGGCCCGUGCGCGGGCCGAGCGCCCUUCCUUGGGUCAGCAAGUUCAUCGUGGCCAACGACGGGCCGCCUGUGGCCAGGCACAACCGCUUCAUGGCGGGGGCCCGCCUCGACGGCCCUGAGCCUGGGGUGGAGGAUCACCUCCGCGUGUGCAUGGCCGUGGGUACGGCCGCCUGCUUUGGCCUGCUGAACAUCAUUGAGAUCGCGUCCUUCGAGUGGCUGGGGCGUUCUCUUCAGGUGCAAGGAGAGCGCCACAGUGGUCGCGACAUCGGGUCUGAGGACAUAGUUGAUUCUCACCUCUUCUGGGGUUCGGACCUCGCCAGAGGCAACGCGUGCGUGGCCCAGCAGCUGCAAGAUCGGAUCGCGCAGGAGCUCGCCAGGGAGAUCUCGGCGAUGAAAGAAAGACGAGGGGCUCGGGAAGAGCGCAUCGCCAGCCGCCAGCCUCGUAACAACAAGAAGGCGGGGGGCAAGGAGCAGGGGUGA